AUGGAAGGAGAAGGUCUAUUAGUUACAAAUCAACACGUGACACAUGCGAGAAAUGACGAAGACGAGCUUCAACCGCUUGCACCACGUCAGAUCGUACACUUCACACAUUGUAUUUCUUGCCAUGUUGAGAACUGUGAUAUGGAGAGAACUGUAAAGUGUUUUGUACUUCGAUGUCCGCAAUGUGCUGCUCGAAUGCACGAGUGCAAAAUAGAGGAGCAUCUCAACGAGAUUUGUCCCAAAGCGAUCGUCCCAUGCAUCAAUGCUAGUUUUGGUUGCGACAGAAUGGUGAGGAGAGACAAAAAGUCACGACAUCUUGAGAGAUGCUGUGCGAGUGUGGUAGUUUGUGGAAGAGAAUGGGCAAGGUAUGCCCUAUCGCCCAUGUCGAAGCUACAGCUGAAAAAUUGGGGGAAAAAAAUCGAGGCCGAGCCCGUGAGAAACUUCCGCAAUCUUCCGCUCGAUAUAGCUCUUACGUUCUCAGACCAAGAUGUGAUCGUAAAAAGCUACGGGUUUUCAAGAGUUGAUCGGGUGCGGCGCAGAGAUGGUCUGCAUCCAUCGCACCCUGUCCUGCCUUUGAGGGAGUUAAGAUUUAUGCUUCCAUGA